AUGCUAGUUCUUCAACUAAACAAUCAGGAAUUAGCUACAGAAUUACAAUAUGAUGAAGCAACCUUCACGACAAAUAACCAAGUACAAACCUUCCCAAAUAUUACAGACAUAGAGAGAACAGAAGAAAACAAAAGAAAAAGAGAAGAAGAUAUAGAAAUUAUAACUGAUCAUAAAAUUUUCAAAGUUGAAGAAGGCCAGAUUUAUAAGGACAAAAAGCUCUUGAAAUCUGCUCUAUGUUAUUAUGCUAUGAUCCACAACAUCCAAUUCAAGACAAAAAUAUCUAAACUGAGAGAGUACCUGGUAACUUGUGUGGAUGACAAUUGUAACUUGUUACUUAUAGUUUCAAAGUUCAGGAAAACACAAACAUUUAAAAUAAGAAAAUAUGUAAAAACUCACACCUCCUCCUUGGACAUCAUUAUGGAAGACCACAUGCAGGCAAAUUGUAAUGUGAUUGGAGAACUAAUAAAAAUAAAAUACAUGUCAAUAAAGAGAGUACACACACUAAAUGACAUAAUCAGCGACAUGCUAGAUGAUUAUGGUGUUUCAAUGGGGUAUCAAAAAGCCUGGAGAGCAAGAGAAAAAGCUUUCGAAUUGGCAAGAGGAAACCAAGAUGAUUCAUACCAAAAACAUCCCAUCUACCUUCACAUGCUAAAAGUCUCAAACCCAGGUACGAUAACGCACCUGGUUACAGACAAUAAAGAUCACUUCAAAUAUAUGUACCUAGCAUUUGCAAAUUCCAUCAAAGGAUGGAAAUACUGUAGGCCAGUCAUUGUGAUAGAUGAAACUUUAUUCACUGCUUCAACAAUGGAUGCUAACAACAACAUAUUUCCAUUAGCCUUUGGAAUAAGAGACUCUGAAAAUGAAUCAUCAUGGUUAUGGUUUUUCACAAAGCUAAAGGAGACAUAUGGAGAAAAAGAAGGUAUAUCAAUCAUUUUAGACAGGCACAAAAGCAUAGAAAAUGUUGUAGACAAUGUAUACCCAAAAGCUUUCCAUGGAGCAUGUAUAUUCCACCUGCUAAACAACAUCAAAGUCAAUUUCAAUAUCCAUGGGGAGGACCUAAACAUAAACUUUGUCAAAGCAGCAAAGGCAUACAGGGUACAAUCAUUUGAGCACUACAUGCAUGAAAUAGACAAGAUUGACACUCGCAUAAGACUGUAUUUACAAAAAAUUGGAUAUUGCACUUGGUCUAGAUGCCAUGCUCCAACAAGAAGAUAUACAAUGAUGACAUCAAAUAUAGCCGAAUCGAUAAAUGCUGCAUUGAAAGCUGCAAGAACGCUGCCAAUCACUACAAUGAUGGAAGACCUUCGAAGUUUAGUUAAAAAAUGGGUAUGGAAAAAUGGUAACGAAGGAAACGGAACAUUCACACAAGUAACAACAGAUACUGAAACUGUGCUUAGAGAAAACAUUAUUCGAGCCAUUAAAUUUCAGGUCUUCCCAGUAAACACUAUACUGUACCAAGUUGUGGUUGAAGACAAAGGAAAUUUUCUGGUCAACCUAAUGGAGAAAACAUGUGAAUGCAAAAGGUUCCAACAAGAUGAAAUACCGUGUGCACAUGCAAUAGCAGUAUUUGCCAAAACACGGCUGAAAACAUAUGAUUAUGUUGCUGAUUACUACAAAACUACAACUACGAAAGCAACAUAUGAGUCAACUGUUCAUCCAUUGCCAAAUGAAAGCGAAUGGACACUACCAGAGACUUUAAACAAAAUUUUCCUACCAUCAAAAACAAGAAAACCACCAGGCCGCCCUAGAAGGAAAAGAAUCAGAUCUAGAGGAGAACCAAAAGUGUAG